ACGAGGUGGGCGGGUGUGAUACACAUGCCAUAAAUCGCGAAAGUCGUACGAGAUAACGAAAGGACGGGAGCGAAGAUUAGAGGGGAGGACAAGCCAAUAAUUGCCAAAGCCGAAGACGUUGGAGGCUUGGAGCCAAUCUGCAACUGUCUCCUUCCUCUCGUCUUCACCUUGAUUCCUCCACUUUUUUGUUGGCCCCAUUCCAUGGACGACUGCCUUCCAUCUCCGAAGACACCGUCAACUCUCCGCCGCUGGCACUCCAUACCCACUUCCGUCGUGGUGCCCCCCCGAGCCGACUCCUAUGCCGCCGCCACGCACACGCCGCGGCCAUCAGUUCUCGACUUGGACUUUGGCUCCAUCAAGUCUCCCUCUUCCUACACGUCCCUUAGAGAUGUACUUCCUUCAUCCACCGCAGCCGUCAAUUCCCCCACCGCCUCCUCCGCCGCCACCAACUCCUCCUAUCACAUAUCCAUUCGCAAUCGCCUCGUUAAGCAGGCCGCUUGGGCUUACCUCCAGCCCCUGUCUGCUUCCCCACAAAGCUCAUCCGGCCCAAAUAUACUCCGCCGCCUCUCCUUGAGAUUCUCCUCCUGCUUCCGCCUCGUCCGUCAACGGCUACUUCCGGGCGCUACCCGAAUUUUUUAUCGGAUACUCCGGGCAUUCCGGCGCCGUUUCUCGACGCUGUGGACUAUGUGGCGAUCGCGGGCUUCCUGUGUUUAAGCGCCUGAGCCUUGCGCGAGCUUGGUUGAGUGCAUACUUGGAAUAGCCUUCUUCUCCCUCCUUUAGUAUGAUAACAUCCUCCUGCACUUGCUGAUGAAGCCUCACACUUCUGAACUUUGGUGUCUCCACCCGCUUCAGACUCGGCGAUGGCGGAGGACUUGGGGGCGACUUCUUGAUCUUGCCCGCUACACUAUUGUCCUCCAUGGCAGAUUUCUUUGAAGAAUUCAUUUCCUGUGGGGCACUUCCUUCCUGCAUGUAGCUCUUCUGCAAUAAAUUCUCCUCAGUAACAUGCUAUCAUUGCUGUCAUCUAUUUAUUUCCUUGCAUCAACACACAUAGAUAACAAAGUAGAUGGUGCAGAAAGUUUUGUCUUGUGCUUGUUGUAC